AUGAAAGAAGACAAUGACGAAGGGAAAUAUGUGAAGUUGGUCAGUGCUGAAGGUCAGGAGUUCCUUUUGGACAAAGAAAUCGCAAUGGCAUCUUCCUCCACAAUUUGCAAAAUGCUUGAAGGAGAGUUCCGAGAAGCUCGAGAUAAUGUAAUCCAGUUUCCUGCGAUUGAUGGCUACAUUCUUGAGCGAGUUGUUAGAUAUCUCCACUACAAGGCACAAUACAGCAAUUCGUCGGCACGCAUCCCAGAUUUUGCUAUCGAACCUGAAGUCGCUCUUGAAUUUAAGUCGUCUUUAUCGUUUCCGGAAAGAGACCGUACAAAGUACGAAGCUGGAGGAAUGCCUGCGAAAAGCCCCGAAUUGAAAUGA